CGCUGCUGCGCCAUCGCCGUGUCGAUGCGUUGAGGCACCGCACAGAUCAACCGCAGCUCUGCACGCGCUGCCUGCUGUCACCAGUGAACAGUGAGUCACCUCUGAACAGCCAGCGGCAGCGGCGGCCUCCAUUUUAACUUCGACACCGAGACAUACCUCACGUGUCCUGGGCUGUCUCUCUCACAUGACCCGAGUGUUUGUUCCCGUGAUCAGCACUUCCAUCUCCGCCUGUGUCACCGAAUAUCACUUUUUAUUCUCACCCUGAUGGAUAUGCUUGAACAGAGUCUGGACACCGCAAGCCAAGAAAAGCAAGAAGAAGAAGUUGUGCAAACUAGUGAAGACGGAACAGGGGAAGAGCAGGCGGCUGUGGCUAUAGCCAGUGUUCAGCAGGCGGCAGCAUUUGGUGACCAUAACAUCCAGUAUCAGUUUCGCACUGAGAGUGGCCAGGUUACGUAUCGUGUUGUCCAAGUGACUGACCAGCACCUGGAUGGGCGAGAUGAUGCUGGAGGAGCAGUGAGCGUUGUCUCCACAGCGUCUUUCACCGGGGCUCCUCAGGCUGUGGCUCAGGCUGUGAUCCAAAACCCUUUCAGCAAUGGAGGAAGCCCAGCAGGAGAGGCGGUGGGAGGGGAGACCCGCUUUGCUUACUUCCCUGCGACUGCGGUGAGCGACAGCACCGUGUCCGUGCAGGCCACCGCAGACCCCACGCUCACGCAAGCAGGGGGUCAGUUUUAUGUGAUGAUGACGCCCCCUGAUGUCCUCCAGACGGGAACGCCACGAACCAUCGCCCCACGCACGCAGCCAUACCCCGCAGAUGAAAACGAGCUGCUGCAGCAGGAAGGUUUAAACUGGAAAAUGGAUGGACCCCGAACGCCAAGAGAUGAAAGGAGAAGAGCACAGCAUAAUGAAGUUGAAAGACGAAGAAGAGACAAGAUCAACAACUGGAUUGUCACUCUUUCAAAGAUCAUCCCAGACUGCAAUAUGGACAGCACCAAGACUGGAGCAAGUAAAGGAGGCAUCUUGUCGAAAGCCUGCGACUACAUCCGAGAGCUCAGGCAAAGCAACCAGCGACUCCAGGAGAGUCUGAAGGAAGUGGAGAGGAUACAAAUGGACAAUGAGUUGUGCAGGCAGCAGAUUGAAGAACUGAAGAACGAAAACGCUCUGCUCCGAGCGCAGCUCCAGCAACACGGCAUCGAGAUGGUCGGAGAGACUCCGCCGCAGUAAACGAGGCAGAGAAAGGACGAGCGAGGAUCACCGCCACUCUGACAUGUAACUGACGCUGUGGAAAAGCGGGCGAGCUGAUUGGAAAAAAAAAAAGAAGAAAAAAAAAGGACUCGUGCAGACUCACUUUCUUUCUGCUGAUUGCCUCCUUCCCUGGGUUCCAAGGUCGCGAACUCCUCACCAGCCAUUUGUGGCUGCACUUGACUGUUCCAGACCUAUCCAGAUAACCACCCGUUGCAACUCGGUAGAAAUGUGCUCCAAGAAAAGAUGUCCACUCACCUCCAUCAGAGUGCUUCGCCAGCACUAGAUAAGAAACAGAACCUGUGCUGAACUUCCCCAUGUUUGUAUUUAUGUAGCCUCACUUUUGGACUGAGAUGCUCGCCAUCCAAGUUUGUUUCCUGUGGGUUCGUGUCUUCUCCCCGGUUCUUCGUUUUGCCCUAGUUUAUUGCUUUUAUUCUGUUUGUGUUUAUUGAGUUCUGUAUUAAUAUGUUGUUUUUAGCUCAUUUAAUUUAUUAGCCUGCUCGCUCACAGAAGCCUUGAUGGAGACCAGUUACAUCAAAUCUCUCGCACCUCCGAGAAUUCAGCGGAAUUUUAAGCGAGGAAACAUCAAAGUAUGCAAAUCAUGAUUCUAGAGAUGGAAAUAUUGUGACACAGAAAGCUUACCUACACCCAAAGACAGAGGAGGAGCUGUGCACGCCGCUUUGUGUAAAUACCACUCUCAUGUUUUUAGUACAGAUGUUACAGAAUGUUAAAGCAGAUGAUCUCUGGGAGUCAACAAUCAAUAACUCAUUAACUCCAUGAUGCCCUUUGACAUCAUAAUUACCAUAAAGUGUGUGUGCAAUCCUGAAGCAUGAUUUGAAAACAUAGACAGUGGUAUACUUGAAUCGAUGGGCAUUGCCUUGAUUGAAAACUCAAAAAAAAAAAAAAAAAAACAGUCACCUGAGAAGUCUAGAUGUUCUUUAAUUACAGGAGGACACCAGAAGUGUGGUUUAAAGACGUCUAACUCUGCACUUUGCUUUCUAGAGAGUAAUGUCAGGCCAACUUCUGCCAUAUUUCGGUACGCCGGGGUUUAUUUCCAUCAUUUGUUCAUGUGUGAUUUCUGCAGCACGCGUAAUGAUAAUACCAACAUGCUUCAUUUCCAGCUGUUUGCUCUAUUUUGGUAUCACAUCUCUUCAAAUGGAGCUCGGUGUGCCGCAGCGGCGGCGGCAGUGGGGGGGCACCCUGGAGAGCGGCGCUCAGAGACUCGCGGUGGAAGAGGAGCUCACAGAAAAGGCGGUGUUGCACUUUUUAUCUGAGCACAACUGCUUCUCUACGAAAAAGACUCAGUAGUUGAGAAGUGGGACACGUGGGGAUGAUCUCAUGUUUUCUUUCUCUCUCCUCCUCCUGCUAUAGGAAAACUAUAAUUGGGUGUAAAAGUCAAUGUUGACAUUGUUGAUGAGUUUGUGAAGGAGAAAAACACAACAUGUUUUUUUAUGCUCUGAGCAGCAUGGGGGUGGGGGGGUUGUUCUUCUUGUAUCAGCAGCUCAGGGUCCAGCAAAGCAAAAGAAACCCCCCAGACCCCGGCACAACCGCGGUUUUAUAUCUAAGACUCUCUAAGCCGACGGCUUUCAAAGUGUUGUUCUUCUGGAUUCCAACCAUAUAGGAAUGAUCUGUGGUCUAUCUAUCGAGGCUCCUUGCCAAAGUGAAAGAUACUGGUGCAGUAGACUUUUUUAAACCUCUGUUAAAGGGGAGCAGAGAAUGUAAAGAACUGCAUAUGAAAUUGCUGUGGAAGUCAAAAUGUACAUAAAUGAAGGGUCACUCAUGGCUAAUUCUUGUUCUCUUGCUUUUCUUUUUGAAAUAGCAGAGAAGAAGAAGAAGAAGAAGCUUCUCUGUGUAGCAGCCUCACUGUUCUCAGGUUAGAGACAUCUUUUCUAAAGAAAAUGGUGAAAAAUAAAACUCACUUAAUAAUGAU